AAAUCAGAUAUUGACCGUUCAAGGUGAACUACUAUGAAACCAAUCUCAUAAGUGAAAAAUUAGUAUUUACUGUUUAUUAUUAUUAUUAUUAUUAUGUAAUAAUCUUACUUUGUAUAUAAUAGAAGACGAUCAUCUACACCAUCUUCCAGUUAUUACAUAGCUUCUUCCCCAAGCUUUCGUGGUUUUAACAAUAGAAGAAAUGAACGGAGACAACGUGACUCACCAACUAGCCAAAGUACUUUAUCAACUGUUACUCUUUCAAAAGACAAACAACACCAAAUCCAACGAAAAAAACGACGCAGCUCUAUCGUCCCUUCCACCCAUUACUUGUUACCAACAGCAGCUUCUCUACAACAUCGAACACCUCCUCGCGUGAUAUUAAGAAACAAUAGUAAAGAUAUGACUUCUAAUAUACACAACAAAAGCUCUCCAUCGCAUCAUCAUGAUAGACAUGCAGAAUUACAAGCAUCCCUCUCUUUGCUAGAAGUCUACAAUCAAGUGGAAAACCAAAGGCGAUGGCAAGAAAAUGAUUUAUUGACCAAACUUUAUGCAAGGUAUCUUCAAUGGGAAUGGUUAGCCAUUCAAAUAGAAAAGACCAUACAAUGGCAGACAUCGACGAUUCGCGAUCAAUUGAAAACAGUCAAGCAAACAUAUCAAAGAUCGAAGCGACCACACUCCAAUUCACAAACUCAUAGUACAUCACCAUCAUCAUUAUUAACAACAAGCUCUGCGUUAUUUGAUUGGAAGCGGGUUUAUCUAGCACCUGUGGAGGCAUCCUUAUUGAAUUUGGAAAAGAAUCAAUCAAACCUAAAGCAUAUUGAUAACUGUUUAGAACAAUUACAGAAUGCAAAAGUUCAUCUAGAACAAUUGAAAAAUCAAGUAUCUCCUACAGAUUAUCAAGAGCAGAUGAAUGAGCUGGAUGAUUGUAUAGGAAUGAUGAAGGAUGUAGUUAGUCAUAGGAUAGAUAGUGAUUAUUAUUCUUUACUUGAUUCUUUAUAACAAGAGAUUACUUGAUUUUUUUCUAAAAAAAAUAAAUCAUUCAUGUGAAUGUUA